AUGGAAGAUUAUGAUGAUUUAAUUGGUUUAAUUCUCGAUUUACCUGGUUCUCCAAAAGUAUUUGAGAACUUAGAAAGUUUUACACUUGGAAAAGAUGCUAUUAUCAGUCAAAAAGAAACACUAAAGAGUCUUCGUUUAAGAUUCGUAAAUUUAAAUCGGGUUGAGAAGAAUUCAUCACAAAUUGACUCUAAUGAUUAUGAUGAUUUAAUUUGUUCAAUUCUCGAUUUACCUGGUGCCCCAAAAGUAUUUGAGAAAUUAAAAAGUUUUACACUUCGAAAAGAUGUAAUACUGUAUCGACCAUUAUUUGAAUCAUUAACAUUAAUUUAUGAGAAUAUUAUAAUUAUGGAUUUAUCUUUCGAUUUAGAUUCUCAUAUUAUAUUAUUAGCAAAACUUAUUAGUGUACAAAAACGUCAAACAGAAACAUUAAAGAGUCUUAGUUUAUAUUUAGUAAAUUUAAAUCACGUUGAGUGGAAUUCAUCACUAAUUGAACAAUUUACUUCACUUCAAGAGUUUCAAAUUGAUGAUUGUUCUGGAUUACAUAAAUCAGAUUGUUUAUCCUUGGCUUCAUCAUUUACUCAAUUAACUGUUUUUCAUUCUUUUCAUUCAGAAUAUGUAGCUCAGAAUCCUGAACAAAUAAUAGAAAUAUUUAAUAAUAAUUUUAAUGAACUAAGACUCUUUUCAUUUGAUUGUAAAAUAGAGGAUUUUGAGGCUGAUGAAUUACUAUGUCAAAUGGCUGAGAAUGUACCAAAAUCGUUUGAAACUAUUGAAAUUUCAAUGGAUUAUGAUGAUCCAUGGAUAUUUAGUGAAGAAAAUUCUUUGAAGGAUGUUAUUGAAGAAUAUGGAGUUCGAUAG